CACAACUUUGCAUUUCUAAACCGAAAUAUUUAACCCGCGCUUUUACAGGCAUAUCCUGCGUUCAGCUACACUGAUGUAACACCUACAAGCGUUGGCGCCAACAUUGUUGAUACAUAUUCUACCAACGAAUACCAACGUAUGGAAAAGCAACUGAAAGGCAUGGGGAUGAGCGAUUUGGCUACAUCCCUUAUAUCAGCCGUUUGCAGCAACUUCCAUCUUGUCGAGUUACCUGUGUUAAUGCCGCCUGUACCUCGAACGCUGAAUUCCGAAGGUUCCGUCCUUGACCUAAACGCCAAAGGGAAUGGCCAGUCGCAAGGAGGUUUGGGUCAAAUGUAUGACAAAGCCUACAGCGAAACUAUAGACCCAGCCACUUCUGCCAUACAAAAGGUAACGCAGAGAAUGACUGCCUACCUGAGGAAUAUAGCUGAAACCGACUUAGCAGGAUACCGAAAAGGCGAUAAAUACCUUACUUCUAUUAUUACCAAUGGCUUAACCAAUCUGGCGGCAAAAUCGCAAUUUAUUAACGAAGACACAAAGAUAGAUUUGAUAAAACUGAGCGAGCAAGUGGGCACGGAGUCCAUGGAAUUUCCAACAGAUUCGGCUGUGGAUGUGUCAGCUCUAAUCGAUACUUCUGCUGGGGGUAGAUAUAUCAAUGACUUUGAAUACCAUUAG